AUGACAAUCCUCUCAUUCUUCCGCGACCUGUACUCUCUUGACACUCUAGAUACACGCUUUACGAAUUCCUUCUCCACCCCCUUGAAGUCCGUGAAUGAGGGUUCAUCCAAGCCAACAGUAAGAGAUGGAAAGACACAACCUGCAGAUGCGCCGCGGCCACGAUGGGGGACCACCGAGUUCUAUGUCUAUCUAGUGGUCUUCUUGUUCUGCGUCCCGCAGAUGUAUUGGGCAGUAGUCAGUGUCUCGCAGCCUGAUUCCCCGAACUACUCCAAAUACGAACAUUUACUCUCGCCAGGUUGGCUGUUUGGGCGGAAAGUGGACAAUUCUGACGGCCAAUAUGCUGGAUUUCGAGACAACAUCCCAUAUUUGGCGGCUCUGGUUGUUUUGCAUCCUCUGCUCCGCCUGGCCUAUGAACGAUUAACCCUUCCUCAUCCCACAAGUUCCAAUGGCAGUGUCAAUUCGCAACCUUCUCCUGGCCAAGCGACGGCCGAAACCAGGCUUCGAAACCGUCUCGCGUUCGACUUUGGCUCUGCAUUGGUCUACACCCUUGCGCUGAACGGCUUUUCAAUCUUUAAAAUCCUACUCAUUCUUUUCAUCAACUUCAAGAUUGCCACAGCCCUUCCACGAGACGCAAUCCCGACAGCGACGUGGAUAUUUAAUAUUGCCAUUCUCUUCGCCAAUGAGCUUGCUCAAGGCUACCGAUACUCAGUCAUGGCCGAGGCUAUCGUGCCCUUCUUCCCCGGCGCCGCCGAUUGGGGCAAAUUCUUGGAUUCUUACGGCGGGUUAAAUCCACGUUGGGAAGUCCUUUUCAACAUUACUGUGUUAAGAAUGAUUUCCUUCAACUUUGAUUAUUACUGGUCGUUGGAUCGUUCAAGAGCAGGGAGUCCUAUCGAGAAGAAGCAACUCGAUUCUUCUGCCCUCUCAGAAAGAGAUCGAGUCAACAUGCCGGCUCCAGCAUCAACCUAUACCUCAUUCCACACAUACGUGGCCUAUGUACUAUAUCCGCCUCUAUAUCUGGCUGGCCCGAUUCUGACUUUCAAUGACUACAUCUCGCAAUCCACCUACCGACCACCAUCCGUGACGACAAAAAGAACGGCUCUCUACGGCAUUAGAUUCCUGACCACAUUGUUUUGUAUGGAGUUUCUCAUCCACACCGCCUACAUGGUUGCAAUUUCCAAAGCGUCGCCGAAUUGGUCUGCGUAUUCCCCCUUUCAACUCAGCAUGCUCGCUUACUUUAACCUGCACCACAUUUGGCUGAAGUUAAUGAUCCCAUGGCGAUUUUUCAGAUUCUGGGCUCUGGUGGAUGGGAUUGAUCCGCCAGAAAACAUGGUACGGUGCAUGAGCGACAAUUAUUCGGCUUUUGGCUUCUGGCGCUCGUGGCACCGGAGCUUCAACAGAUGGACGGUUCGCUACGUCUACGUCCCACUUGGAGGCGGGCCAGGUGGAGGAUCAGGCAAAGUCCGUGGCAUACUCAACAUGCUCGCAGUCUUCACUUUUGUGGCCUUGUGGCACGAUAUCCAACUACGACUCUUGUUGUGGGGCUGGUUAGUCGUGCUUUUCGUGUUACCCGAAGUUCUAGCGACGAUGGCAUUCCCGGCAUCAAAAUGGAAGAAUCGACCGAAUGCAUAUCGUGUCAUUUGUGGGAUCGGAGCGGUCAUCAACAUUCUGAUGAUGAUGGCAGCGAAUCUAGUGGGGUUUGCUGUGGGCUUGGAUGGACUUAUGGGUCUUGUACAUGGUAUUGCUGGCAGCUGGCAAGGCGCCGUCUUCAUGCUCGGAGCUUGUAGUGCGUUAUUCGUCGGGGUCCAAGUGAUGUUUGAACAUCGAGAAGCGGAAAAGAGAAAAGGAAUCAGGCUGAAAUGCUAA